UUGACCCUCGUGCCGCUCCGUAGCGGUCGUUUCGCCGGCGCCGCAAGGCCUGCCGGGAAGUGUAGGAGGAAGAGGCGGUUAGCGGCCUGCCCGCGGGGAGGGCUGCAGGGACCCCGGCCCCCGGCCCACAGCAUGGAGGCCCUACACAUCUCUGGGAUCCACCUCGCCGAGUUGCUGCAGGCCGGGCCGCCGUGGCUGGAAAACUUCUGGCUCACCAUCACCUCCGUGGCCGACCCCAAAUGCAUCUUCACCGUGUGCUUCCCGCUCGCCUAUUUCCUCGACCGCAAGGUGGGGGUGGCAGUGCUGUGGGUCGGGCUGGUGGCCGAGUGGCUCAACGUGGUCCUCAAAUGGUUUUUAUUUGGGGAACGCCCGUUCUGGUGGAUCCAUGAGUCGGGCUUUGCCAGCCAGCAGCCACUCACACUGCGUCAGUUCCCCGUCAGCUGCGAAACGGGACCAGGCAGCCCCUCCGGCCACUGCAUGAUCACUGGGGCAGCACUGUGGCCGCUGGUGACUGCACUGACAGCAUUGGCAUCCCGACACUCCAAGAGCCUGGUGCUGAAGCUGAUCCCCUUCAGUGCCUACACGCUGCUGCUGCUGGCCGUGGGCCUCUCACGGGUCUUUGUCCUCGCUCACUUUCCCCACCAGGUGCUCGGUGGCAUUGUGGCAGGGGCUGCCCUGGGCUGGGGCCUGCAGGCUCACACCCCGGCCACGCGCUCUCUGGGUUUCUUUGCUGCCACAUCCCUGGGGCUGCUGCUGGGCACGGUCGCUCUGCACAGCCUCAUGGUUGCUGCUGGCGUUGACAUCGACUGGUCCAUCCGUUUGGCCACCGCUUGGUGCAAGGACCCCUCCUGGCUGCGCCUCGACACGCGGCCCUUCGCCUCCAUCUGCCGCGUGGCCGGCAGCGCGCUGGGGCUGGGCUUCGCAGCCGGAGACCCCCAGCGCUGGGAUAAACCGUUGCCCCCCCGGCAGCGAGCAGCCUGCGCCGUGUUGGCUUUGGCGGCCGUUCGGGGGCUGCAGCACAUCCCCCAGCCCCAGCAGGUGACACUGUGGUACGCCUCCAGCUUCCUCAAAUACGCUGCCGGGCCCGGGCUGGUGGCUGUGCUGCUGCCCCGCAUCGCCCGCAUCGUCGCCCGCCCCGAGGGCUCCCCGCACGCUGAAUAGCGGGGUGGGGGGUUGGGGGGGGGAUCCCCGACUUCGGCACGGUGAGCCCCGCGUGGCCCCAGCGCCCCGUCUCCGAACGCCGUGCCAAUCCUCUCCGAACGGGGGCAGCCCUCACUCCUCAGCCCCCCAGGUUCCUCUUAGGAGGGGGCAACCCCCAACCAACCCCCCCCUCCUCCAACCUGCCCCCAUUUCCUCCCCCUGGGGGGGGGCACCGCUCAUCCCCUCAUCCCUGCCUGCCCCCAAUAAAGGCGCUGUUACACUCCA